CUCCAGAUACCGGCUCGCUAUCUCUCCAGUGAUCUGAGAGCCGGUGAGGAGUCGGCAGUCUAUAACUCUCUCGCCCUCCGAGACCCAACCACGAAACUCCUCUAUGUCACUCCUGAGAAGCUAAGUGCCAGUAACAAGCUCCUCUCCACAUUAAGAAACCUCUACAGUCGGGGGAAGUUGUCUCGAUUCGUCAUCGACGAGGCCCACUGCAUCAGUCAAUGGGGACACGACUUCAGACCUGACUAUAAGAGACUCUCCCAACUCAGACACAACUACCCAGAGGUCCCAGUGGUGGCUCUAACAGCUACAGCCACACCACGGGUGAGAGCUGACAUCCUCCACCAACUUGACAUGACCCACACCAAAUGGUUUACCCAGAGUUUCAAUCGUACUAAUCUGAACUACGUUGUGGUUCCGAAGAAACCCAAGAAGAUUGCCGAGGAUGUGAUUUCUCUCAUCAGCUCUUCGUUCAAGACUCAGUCUGGAAUCAUUUACUGCCUGUCUCGGAGGGACUGUGAGUUGAUGGCGGGAGAGUUGUGUAAGGCGGGGCUGGCCGCCCUCUGUUACCACGCUGGUCUCAGUGACGGUGAGAGGAGCUCUGUGCAGCAGAGGUGGGUCCAGGAGGACCGCUGCAAGGUUGUCUGCGCUACGAUUGCAUUCGGGAUGGGCAUCGAUAAACCGGACGUCCGGUUUGUCAUCCACCAUUCCCUGCCCAAAUCGGUGGAGGGUUACUAUCAAGAGGCUGGUCGUGCGGGACGAGACGGUCGCCCUGCAAGCUGCUAUCUCUUCUACAACUACUCUGACAUGGCCCGGCUCCGACGGAUGAUAAAGGCAGAGAAGAUGACCUGGGAGCAGGAGAGAGUUCAUCUUGAGAACCUCUAUCGCAUGGUGCAGUACUGCGAGAACCAGGCCGACUGCCGACGCGUACAAGUACUCGCGUACUUUGCCGAGCAGUUUGACGCCUCCGAGUGCCGCGACGGUACCACUCCCUGCGACAAUUGCCGCUCACACGUACCGUUCCACGCCGAAGACGUGACCGGUUUGGUCCGAGUCAUAGUCCAGAGUGUCCAGAGCAUACGACGGGACCAGUUCACUCUGGUACAGAUCCUAGACGCCCUGAAAGGCUCGAACUCGGCCAGAAUCAAAUCCAGUGAGCUGGGAACACUCCCUCUCUACAAUCGCGGUGGAAAACUCGGGAAACAUGAUCUCGAGCGUCUCCUCCACACGCUCGUGAUGACAGGAGUUCUCUCGGAGAGUCUCCACAUCGGGACCCACGACAACGUGGUAUGCUACGUAAAACCGGGCCCGAAAGCCGGCGAUGUCGUAUCUGGAAGAUCGGGGAAGAUAACUCUACGAAUUCGAGGCAAGGCGAGGUCCUCUUCUGCGGUGACUGACUCAAGACCGGCGCAGACGCAAGAAGACAGAAUCAGAGAAGACUGCUACAAAUCGCUCCUCAGUCUCAGAAUCCAAGUGGCCCAGAAGUUCAAGAUGAACAAUCCAGAGAGCGUUUUCUCGACCGAGUCUCUGCGACAGAUGUCGCAACAGCUGCCCACCACGCAGACGGAAAUGCUGAGGGUCGUGGGGGUCACCAGUGUAAAGCUAAAAAAUCUAAACGGCGAAGGUUUCUUGAAAAUCACGAGAGAUUUCGCCUCUCAAUUGCCAAACUCUUCGGACACACGAUCUCCAUACUGGACUGAGAAAGAUAAUGCAGGAGGGAAGGAGAAUAGGUGUGGGAGGGGAAAGAGAAAGAGCAGGGGGAGUGGAGGACCAAAAGCCAAAAAGCCUACGGUUGUGACCACCAGAGGAGAUUCGGGGGAUGAGUUUGAAAGAGGGCAGACCACCACUGUAACACAGAGACCUGGACUCCUCCCACCUCCCAAACCUAACAGAACUAAUUUGUGAAUUUUUAUUAAAAAGAUAUUUGUGCGCAUGCCUUCUGUAGCAGCAGUUGCGGUGUUUUUUUGCCCACAUGCAUUCAACCACAAAGUAAUUUAGAAAAAACA